CAUUCACAAUUGCGGUUUAGUUAAUUUCAUCUAUGGUACUUAUGUUUUGCUCAUAAUCCAAUACAUUUUACUUUUAGAAACCGGACGAAACAAUUUAAGAAAAGGGAAGAGAUCACAAGUAGCAUUUUUUAAUUAAAAGAAUAUGGCUAAUAAAUUAUUGGGUGUGCCGCUUAAGAAACCGAGCGAAGUUGAUAUUGUAAAACCACUUAAUAAUUUAAUACAAAGUACGUAUAGCGGUGCCUCAGCUGAAGAUAAAGGAAAAUAUGCGGAAUGUGUUAAUGAAUUUUCCAGGCAACGUAAUUCGGCAAUUUGGAAAUUUUUCGAAAAAUACGAAGCAUCUCUUGAAGUAGUCUACUCUUACUUUGAUCAGAUCUGCGCUUUGGAAACUAAAAUACCGGUGAACGAAUUGCAGAUACCGUUUAAAUGGAAAGAUGCUUUCGAUAAGGGUUCACUUUUCGGUGGAAAAAUUAGUUUAACCCACACUUCUUUGUUGUAUGAGAAAGUUUGCAUACUAUUUAAUAUAGCCGCGUUGCAAAGUUGUCUUGCUGCCGAGCAGUCUUUGGAAAGUGAUGAUGGCCUUAAAAUGGCCAUUAAGUUAUUGCAACAAAGUGCUGGAAUUUUUCAAUACCUUAAGGGGGCUGUUCCAGCCGCCAUUCCUUCGGAGCCCACACCUGACCUUAGUCAAGAUACCCUUCAAUGCUUGCAGGCAUUGAUGAUUGCACAAGCACAAGAGGUUUUUAUUACAAAAGCCAUUAAAGAUAACAUGAAAGAAGUCGUUAUCGCCAAAUUGUGCUGCCAAUGCGAAGAAUUUUAUGCUGACGUCCUGAAAGCAAUGCAGAAGGAUUCGGUGCGCACUCUUUGGGAAAAGGAGUGGAUACCUUCAAUAGCCGGUAAACAAGCUGGCUUUCAUGCCUUAACUCAACUCUAUCAAAGCUUAGUUUGUCGUUCUGCGAAGAAAAUUGGUGAAGAAAUCGCUCGUUUACGAAAUGCCGUGGAACUUUUUAAGGCUGCCCAGACACGCUCUGGUAAUGCGACGUAUUUGGACGGGCACUUUACUAGAGCUAAGCGUAAUUUGGCCGAAUCGACAAAGGACAAUGAGUUCAUUUACAACGAAAUGAUACCAGACGUUAAUUCAUUGAGUGCACCUGGCAAAGCCCAAUUGGCCAAACCAAUUACUUUGGCAUCGCCUUUGUCCAGCAAUUUCAAAGAUAUUUUCAAUGAAUUGGUGCCAGUAGAGUUGCAUCGUGCUUUAACCGCUUCGGAUAUGCGAAAAUCUGAAAUUAUUAAUGCAGAAAUUUUGAAACUGAGAGAAGCCACUCAAACUUUAAACGCUGUGCUGGCUAGUUUAAACUUACCGGCUUGUGUUGAAAUUACGGACGAUGGGUCAGGUUUGCCUCCGUCUUUAAUAGAGAAAGCGAAUGAUGUUCGCCAAAAAGGCGGCAUAGACACAGUUAAAAGGCAUUUAAAAGAAUUGCCCGAAUUAUUAAAUCGUAAUCGUGAAAUAUUAGACGAAACCGAGCGCAUGUUAGAUGAAGAGCGCUCUUCGGAUAACCAAUUAAGAAAUCAAUUCAAGGAAAAGUGGACCCGUAUAUCUUCUGAUAAAUUAACGGAAAUGUUCCGUACAAACUCUAAAAAAUAUCGAGAAGUUAUAAACAAUGCUAUCGAAGCUGAUAAAACCGUCCGGCAGAAAUUCGAAACAAAUGAAAAAGGUAUCGAACUGUUAUCAUUGCCGCAUCAACAAUUGCAACAGGCUAUGCCUGUUGCCGGUGGUAGUGUGGAUCCCAGUUGCACAAGUGUGCAAAAAUUGAAACAUCUUAUGGAAAACGUUGAAACUAUAAAAGCUGAACGCGAUGCUAUCGAAUCAGAACUCAAGUCAACCACUUUUAAUAUGAAAAAUGAAUUUUUGCAAGCCUUACAAAAAGAUGGAGUUAUCGAUGAGCCAGCCUUAUCGUUGGUGCAUAUUGGUCAAGUUCUGAGUCCGUUGCAAGCGCAAGUGAAAGAAAGCAUUGAGCGGCAACAGUCUUUAGUGUCUGAUGUGCAAAUAGCUCAUAGUGAAUUCGUGUCGGAAACCGGUAGCAGCGGGAAUGCCAGAGACAAACUUUGCAAAGAAUUGGCUACGGCCUAUGAUAGUUUUAUUGAAUUGUUAGGUAAUCUCAAAGAGGGAACCAAAUUUUAUAACGACUUAACUGAGCUAUUGGUGGUAUUCCAAAAUAAAAUAUCUGAUUUCUGUUUCGCUCGUAAAACUGAAAAAGAAGAAUUGUUGAAAGAUUUAACUACAGAAUCUAGUCGACAAGCUCCUGCACCUACGCCUACUUUACCUUCACAUUAUUCUUCUACUUCGGGUAGUGGUGCUGAUAUUUCGACAACUGAUGGUUCAUCGUCGUCAAUGCCAACAGCUAAUACAGGUUCGAUGGCUGGCAUUCCUUAUCCUCAGAGUGUGCAGGGCAUGCCAAUGCCAUACGGCGCUGCGUCAAAUGUUCCAUAUCCAUCAUACGCGCCCCCACCGAUGCCACAGGGCUUCAACCCUUACGCCACUCUACCUUAUCCAGGAACUCCAUUCCAAUACAGUGGUUUUCCACAAGGACCACCUCCUGGACACUAUGGCACAUACCCUGGCAGUUUCGCAAGUCAUCAGGGUGGAUAUCCUAAUCAAAAACCCCCAGGAUGGUAAAAGUUGUUGAGUGUAUAUGUUUAUUGUACAUCGUUUAAUUGAAUGUACUU